GACAUCUCAAAUUGAGCUAAUCAACUUUUAUCUUAUUGAUUUAUCAAAACUUAAUAUCUCAAUGGACAUCACACCAUACAAGGGAGUCAGUUUCUCCUCAGAUGAAGUCACUAGAAUAAACUCCUCAUUGAAUAGUGUCCGUCUAAACCCUGCACUAGUAGGUGGUUAUAGGCUUCUCAAUAUGACCUGGUUUAGGGCUCCUGUCUCGUCCCAAGCCCCUUCUGCUAUGUCGCCACCAAUGACUGUAAAUCCUAGCCGACCUUCUACACCAGCCCCACCCAGCUCUGCACAUAAGGGGUACCACUCAAACAUGAUUCUUAUUACUGGAAUUGUUGCGGGCAUAUUGAUUGUUGUGGUCAUGUCCAUGCUCAUACUUUAUGCCUGUGCUUAUAAGCGAGGAAAGAAGAAAAGAUUGGCCAAAGAGACAGUGAAGACUGGCAGGGUAGAUUCAGUCCAAACUGUAGCAUCCUUUGCGCAUCCUACAAGUACACGGCAUCUUGCAUAUGAAGAAUUGAAAGAAGCAACAGCUAACUUUGCACCCUCUAGUGUCCUUGGAGAGGGCGGGUUUGGUAGGGUGUUCAAGGGUGUAUUAAGUGAUGGUACUGCUGUAGCUAUCAAAAGACUCAGUACUGGAGGACAGCAAGGGGAUAAAGAAUUUCUAGUGGAAGUUGAGAUGCUUAGUAGACUGCACCACCGAAAUCUUGUGAAGCUUGUCGGUUACUACAGCAGUGUUGAUUCUUCACAGAACCUACUAUGUUAUGAGCUUGUUCCUAAUGGAAGCUUGGAAGCUUGGCUUCACGGUCCGUUGGGGGCAAAUUGCCCUCUAGAAUGGGACAUUAGAAUGAAGAUUGCGCUUGAUGCUGCAAGAGGACUUGCUUAUCUGCACGAGGACUCCCAACCUUGUGUUAUCCACAGGGAUUUCAAAGCAUCCAAUAUUUUGCUCGAGAAUAAUUUUCAUGCUAAAGUUGCUGAUUUUGGCCUUGCCAAACAAGCCCCCGAAGGCCGAGCAAAUUAUCUGUCUACCCGUGUUAUGGGCACAUUUGGGUAUGUAGCCCCUGAAUAUGCUAUGACAGGGCACCUACUGGUAAAAAGUGAUGUCUAUAGUUAUGGAGUUGUCCUCCUCGAGUUGCUGACUGGAAGGAAGCCUGUGGAUAUGUCACAACCAUCAGGACAGGAGAAUCUUGUUACUUGGGCCCGGCCAAUCCUAAGAGACAAGGAUAGACUGGAAGAACUUGUUGAUCCACGGCUUGAGGGGAAAUACCCAAAGGAAGAUUUUGUGAGGGUCUGCACAAUUGCUGCAGCUUGCGUUGCUCCAGAGGCGAAUCAACGGCCCACAAUGGGGGAGGUUGUGCAAUCGCUAAAGAUGGUGCAACGCCUAACUGAGUAUCAUCAUGAUUCUGCUGCAAACACCGCCAACCCUAGGCCCAACAUUAGGCAAUCUUCCACAGCUUUUGAAUCAGAUGGCACAUCCUCAAUGUUCUCUUCUGGUCCAUACUCUGGUUUGAGUGCCUUUGAAAUGGAUAUAUCUCAUACAGAGGUAUUUUCUGAAGACCUGCAUGAAGGAAGAUAAGAUGACUGACCAUUCUUGUGAUACCUGAACAAUUGGUAUUUUUUUGUGUUUUGCGCCGAUGGAUUGUGGGUGGUUGGUUUAUUAUUGGAUCAGGUCAUCCCUGGUAGAGAACCAUUUUUCAGUCAAUUCAACUGUUGGUUUAGAGCUGUAUAUAUGUUUAUUUUGAUGCCUCUUCCCUUUCCCUCUUCACAUUGGAAAAUGUAAUGUUGAUCCUGCUUAGGUUUUGCCUUUUUAGGCUUUUGGGUGUACCAUAGUGUGCAAGUUAAUGCAGCCUCUAUAGUUGUAUUCCUUC